AAGUUAUGAUGAAUUUUAUAAUAGGAAGUAGCAUUGACACGACUCGAGCAGUUCCAAUCAUUUAGUGCAAAAAAGACUGUUUGAAUUUUGGAAUUAACUUGUAUUUAACAGACAACGAAAUGAUGUCGUCAACAAUGAUUCAAGCGUUUCUGAUUUUAGCAUGUCCAUUUGGUAUUUCAAUGCAGGCUUGUCCAGAGUGCGUAUGUUGCAUAAAUGGACAACACGCGUGUGAUGCCGAUAGAAAUUGCGUCAACGGAUGUACGACCGGGUAUUUUGGCGAAAAAUGCACAGAAGAGUGUCCAGAAAAUUGCAAUACUUGUGAAAAUUAUAACAGAUGUAAGGAAUGUAAGCAUGGGUACUAUUCUACAAAAUGUAAUAUACCGUGUGGUAAAGGAUGUUUAAAUAAUACAUGCUCGAUAACAGGGGAUUGUUCAUGUAAGUCAACUGAUUUUGUCAAAGGUAAAUGUGAUAUGUGUUCGGGGGAUAGGUAUGGUGAUGAAUGUAACAAUACUUGUGCUAGUACUUGUGUGUCCUGUACAUCAGAAACAUACUGUUUAAUAUGUAAGGACAACGCAUAUUACGGACAAUAUUGUCAGUACAUAUGUCCACACGGCUGCAACGAUGGUAAAUGCGGUAAAAAAAAUGGACAUUGUAGUAGGGGAUGCAAGCUUAAAUUUACUGGGCAUAAAUGCGAUACCUGCUCAUCUGGAUUAUAUGGAACGUAUUGUGAUUUAAAAUGCCCAGGGAAUUGUUCUGUCUGUACUUCGGAAUCAAAUUGUGUACAGUGUAACAGUGGCUUAUUUGGGGAAAAAUGUUAUCGUGUUUGUCCAUCUGGCUGUAUCGGAUCAUGUUCAUUUACUGAUGGCCGUUGUUUUGUUUGUAAACCGGGAUUAGCGGGAGACUUUUGCAACAAAACGUGUGAAAAUGGUACAUAUGGGGUCAACUGUUCCAAAUCGUGUCGUAAUAUAGAAUCAAAUUGCCAAGCCUGUAGCACAGAUGAUUCAGGUAGCUAUAAAGACUGUAUAAAAUGUGACAGUCGAUAUUAUCGGGUAAUACCCUAUGGAAAAAAUCAAAGUAUAUGUACACAUUGUCCAUACAACUGUAAAGGCAAUGUAUGCAAUGACAAUGGUGUUUGUACACUUGGAUGUUUGCAUGGAAAAUGGGGUGAAAGAUGCACGGAAACGUGCCCUAAAAAUUGUGAAAAAUGCAGUCAAAGUGAAGGGAAAUGUUUAGAGUGCACGCGUAAGACGUUCUCUGACGAUUGCUUACGAAACUGUAGUACAAAUUGUAAUGAUACUGACGAAAGCCGAGUUUGCACAAGUGAUACUGGGAUGUGUUUACAGGGAUGUAAGUCGUUUACGAGAUAUGGAGAACAUUGUGAAAAACACUGCAGCGAUAUUUGCAACAAUGGAAGGUGUGAUUGGAAAACGGGACAUUGCUUGGAAGGAUGUAAAAUGAAUUAUUUCGGGCUGUUUUGCAACGAUUCAUGUCCUCAUACAUGCAAGUCAAAUGAAAAUACACGCAUAUGUGAUGGUGUAAAUGGGCAUUGUUUUUAUGGAUGUAAAGACGGGUUUCAUGGCAAUAGAUGUGGGAACAGAUGCAGCAGUCAAUGUCAAAACACGACUUGUAACCAGGUUACAGCGGAAUGUCUGCAUGGUUGUAUAGAAGGAUAUGAAGGGGUGAAAUGUUCUGAAGAAAAGUCAAUAAAAGAUGUUGACGACGGACAUUCUAUAAGUACACUUUUAGGAGCCACAUUCGCAGCAGGCCUGGUCGGUGUUAUUUGUGGAGUAACAAUCACGCUUGUGUUGACUUUAUGGCGGCGAAGAAAUGGCAGACAAAUGAAAGGCGAAAGUGAAAACAUACCAGUGAAUACUGACGGCAGGUUAAAUGAUGAAAACGCUUAUGAGAGUGCCUCCCCUGCUACAUAUGAAGAGUUGAAGUCACGUGACGAGAGAUUAUACAGUCAGCUAAUUACAAGUCAGCAAGAGAUGUCACAACCCGCAUAUGAUAAUGUUAAUUAAAAAUCCUAAUUAAAAGACAGUUAAUGCACAUUUUGUCGUGCAUUUAUUUCCGCAGAAGCAAGAGGGCGCACUUAAAACGCGACUCCACAGGAUAUGUGAUUGUAUAUGAUCGAAGCAAUGACCUAUUCUUGCAUAAAAUAUACUUCUGAUUCAGAAAGUACAUUUUGUAUGUGUGAUAUUCUUGUUUUACUAAUCAUUUGUCAUUUCCCAGUUAUGUUUUGACGCUUUUAUUUAAUCAUUAUUGAAGUACGCUAUUUUCACAUGGCACCCUUAGUUACGCAUAUUAAACAACAACAAAAACAUUACAAAAAAGCAAAACUGUGCAUUUAAUCCGUUUAUUAUAUGUUUUCUUAACCGUUAAUUUAUAUCUUUUUUGCGCACCUUUUAUGCCAUAUGGAGAUAUAUCUGCAAUAGGAAAAACGCACAGUUUCAUUUUAAUUUUUUUGUUUAUAAUUUUAUGUACUAUUAAUGGCGAAAAAAAUCAAACAAACAAAAUCAGACGAAAAUUGUCUCAAGUUUCGGAAUGUGAUACAGUCAUAUACUGUAUUUAAAAACUGAUAAUUAGUUUCGGAAGCUUUUAAUUUAUUUCGGAAACUGACCCGAGUGGUUUAUAAUAUAGAUUAUAAUUACAAACAAGCGUUUAGGUUAACAUGAUAAAACGAUUAUGCUACUUAAUAAUAUGUACAAAUAUUGUCUUUGAGAUGAAGUUCAUUUUUGAAUGCACACAUUUUUCUAAUGAUAAAAAGAAAUAUAUUCAAAGAUACAAUGUUAACCACCCAAGCUCUCUAAAGGAACUAAAGUCUUAUAAAUUGUACAAAUAGAAAUAAACUUAUUAAACUUGCUUUAUUUUGUAAGCUUUUAUUACAAAGUAUUCAAUAACUCAUUCUCCAAAAUUAAACUAUACAUUAUAAUAUAGAUGGUGGUUUUUUUUUGGUG